CACGUGAGUAAAUGACUCGAGUCAUUUUACUCGAGCAAAAUAACUCGCGUGUGCGCGGGCAUUAGUCACGCAGCCUGGUUGGGUUAAGCCAUGAUACAGCAGUAGAUGUGAAUAGGAUUGCGAUGGAAGUUAAUGGUGGAGCUGGUGGAGAUGAGAGUAACGAUGUGUUGUGGCGCCCCGAUCCGUUAAUUAUGACGCAAAUGGACAGAUUUCGCAUAGACGUCAAUAAAAAGUACGCGGUAAACUUAGAAAACUACAAACAGCUUUGGCAGUGGUCAAUAGACCAUUAUGCUGAGUUCUGGGGUGAAGUGUGGAAUUUCUGUCAGCUACUCUUCUCUGUUUCUUACAUGAAGGUAGUAGACACAAGCAAGAAUAUCAGUGAAAUACCAGAAUGGUUUGAAGGAGCACGGCUGAACUAUGCUGAAAACCUGCUGAAGCAUGAUGGAAAUAGGGUAGCCGUCUAUAGCACAGGUGAGGGGCGCCUGAGUUGCAUCCGGAAGAUAACGUUUGCCGAGCUCAGGCAGCAGGUGGCCAGGUACGCAGCAGCCAUGAAGGCAGCUGGAGUGCGGAUAGGCGACAGAGUCGUCGGCUACCUGCCAAACUGUCCCGAGGCUGUGGAGGCGAUGUUGGCAGCUGCAAGUAUUGGGGCCGUAUGGAGCUCCACAUCGCCCGACUUCGGUGUGUCUGGAGUGCUUGACAGGUUCACACAGAUAAAGCCAAAGUUACUCUUCUCUGUUGAAGCUGUAAUCUACAAUGGCAAAAAACACAACCACAUGGACAAGCUUCUUGCUGUUGUUCAAGGCCUCCCAGAUGUUGACCAAGUUAUUAUGAUUCCAUUUUGUGGUGCUCAGACAGACAUGGACAUUUCCACAAUUCCAAAAAGCGUGUUUCUCAGUGAUUUCCUAAACAGUGGCCAAAUGGCUGACCAUGACCCGAUUCUGACCUUUGAACAGCUUCCCUUCAAUCAUCCACUCUUCGUCAUGUACUCGUCCGGGACAACAGGUCCACCAAAGUGCAUGGUCCAUUCAGCAGGGGGAACGCUAAUACAGCAUUUAAAGGAACACAUCCUCCAUGGCAACAUGACUGCUGCAGAUGUGAUGUUUUACUACACAACAGUAAGUCUUCUCACAGUCAUUUUGCUUAGGUGUGGAACGGACCUCAUUUCGUGUUUCGUCGGACAGAACUGGACGCUGCCGGUGAUCAGGGGCGAGGUACAGGGCAGGAACUUGGGAAUGGCUGUGGAGAGCUGGGAUGACAACGGGAACGCGCAGUACGGAAAAAGCGGCGAGUUAGUGUGCACAAAACCAUUUCCUUCCAUGCCUACGCAUUUCUGGAAUGACGCUACCGGUGCCAAGUACAAAAAGGCCUACUUCGAGAAAUUCAAAGGCGUGUGGAGUCACGGUGAUUUCGUGCUCAUCAGCGCGCGCACAGGAGGUCUCCUGAUGCUGGGCCGCAGUGACGGAACGCUGAACCCAGGCGGUGUGAGGUUCGGCAGCGCGGAGAUCUACCACGUCGUUGAAGAAUUCUCGCAGAUUGACGAUUCGCUCUGCGUCGGACAGCUGAACCGCAGCAACCAAGAAGAGCGUGUAGUUCUGUUCCUCAAGAUGAAGAGUGGACACACGUUGACUGAUUCCAUCAUGAAGCAAGUGAAGGAGCGCAUAUGCCGGCUGCUGUCGCCCCGGCACGUGCCUGCCAUUGUCCUGCCAAUCGCCGAUGUGCCGUAUACGACCAAUGCCAAAAAGGUGGAGGUGGCUGUGAAGCAGAUCAUUUCCGGAGUGGAGGUUAACAACAGGGGAGCGCUAGCUAACCCAGAAGCUCUUGAACUCUACAAAGACAUCCCUCAACUGCGUGAUUGGUCUACCACGGGGAUGUGUCAAAGGGUUAGGGUUGACAUGUACGAGGCAUGUCGAGGCAUUACAUUGAAAUGCUGCGUAUCAUUGUAUCAAGACGUUGCACUAAGACACACAGUGCAUGUUGCAGUUGAAGAAUUCUCGCAGAUUGACGAUUCGCUCUGCGUCGGACAGCUGAACCGCAGCAACCAAGAAGAGCGCGUAGUUCUGUUCCUCAAGAUGAAGAGUGGACACACGCUGACCGCUUCCCUCGUGAAGCAAGUGAAGGAGCGCAUAUGCCGGCUGCUGUCGCCCCGGCACGUGCCUGCCGUUGUCCUGCCAAUCGCCGAUGUGCCGUAUACGACCAAUGCCAAAAAGGUGGAGGUGGCCGUGAAGCAGAUCAUUUCCGGAGUGGAGGUUAACAACAGGGGCGCGCUUGCUAACCCAGAAGCUCUUGAACUCUACAAAGACAUCCCUCAACUGCGUGAUUGGUCUACGUGAGAUCCAGAGUUCCCGCCAUCGUUCAAGACAGCCUGUAUACCUUCUAGUUCUCACUUGCGGAAAUACGGCUAGAGUAGUUGGUAUUGGUGCGGUAAAGGCGGACACUAAUCACAAGCGUGGGAUCUUGAGUGCAAUAGAUGAGGUGCUUGUGCGUGUACUUGGAAUCAUUGGUAGAUGUUUGUCAGGUGUCAAAAGACAAUGACAGAUAUUUGUGUGAUGUUUUUGUAGAGCGAGUGGUGGAAGGUAUUUUUAAUUGGUAUCGAUCACCUGCAGCUUUUUUUCCCGGUGCUUGAAAUGAUGAUACAUACCACGAUGGUAAGCAUGCUCAACUGUUUUCAUAAUGACAUCACAAAAUUCAGUAGUAAUGGCCGAGACACGUGUAUGUAGCAAUGUAGUGAAAUUGGUUACAAAGUACCUCAUAAUUUAUCUUGUAUCAAAGUUGUUUAUGCUCCAGCUUCUUUUAUACAGUGCACAUUUGCUACUGUUUCUAACGGUUUGCAGAGAGAUGUAUUUAUUAAUGUUAGUAAACAAGUAAAACUUUGUACUUUCAUAAUUACACGCAGUGGAAUCGAAUAAUGGAAUAAAAUACAUGUUUUACUGUCAACUCUAA